AUGGCCUCAUUGUAUCUUGGCACAGGAGCUCUUGAAAAGGAACUGGUUGAUGCCAUUAAUGAAGGUUGUCAGAAAUCUCUAGCAGAAGGAAACAAAGAUUUUGAAGUGCACAUUCUGUUGGACUACACUCGUGGCCAGCGAGGAGAAGAAAAUUCUUGCACUGUCCUUCAACCUGUACUAUGUAAUUUCCCACAGAAUGUCCGCCUCUCCCUAUUUCACACGCCGGAUCUACGUGGAAUUCUGAAGAAGAUCAUACCAGAUCGUUACAAUGAAACUAUUGGAUUACAUCACAUGAAAAUCUAUCUAUUUGACGAUAGCUUAAUAAUUAGUGGAGCCAACUUGAGUGAAACAUACUUCACCAAUCGUCAGGAUCGAUACAUCCUCUUCAGUCACUGCCAAGAAAUGUCGGAUUUUUUUGCGUCACUCAUAAAGACUGUUGCUUCAUUUUCAUUUCAUGUAAACUCUGAUUGUUCACUUACAUUUCCUGAGGAUUUUGGUGUUCAUCCUUACAACGAUUCUGAUGAUGGUUCUCGGUUUAAAUGGAAAGCAAAAGAAAGCAUCCUGUCAUUACUACGCCAAAGUGUUGGCCCUAAUUGUUCCACCCCCAAUUCAUUUCCUGCAUCGUUUGAAACCCCUCAUGAUUCUUCGCCUGCGGACACAGAAAAUAAACCCCUGGAUACCUUGGUGUACCCACUUAUACAGAUGGGACCAUUUGGAAUUUUUGAUGAUGAAGAGGUCACAAAGCAGUUAUUACGAUCAGCUUCUCGAGAUGAUGAGAUUCUACUCGCAUCCGGAUACUUCAACCUUACUGACCAUUAUCUUCGAUUAAUUUUGGAAAAAUCCUUUGCCAAAUUCAAAAUGCUAAUGGCAUCUCCAGAGGUGAACGGUUUCUAUGGUGCACGGGGAGCAGCCGGUGCCAUUCCAUAUUUAUAUACCCAAGUUGCUCGACAGUUCCACCAACAGCUGUGUGCAUUCCAGCAGAAGAAACGUAUCCAGCUCUUUGAGUAUUAUCGCAGCAAGUGGACGUUCCAUGUCAAAGGUCUUUGGUAUUACGUCGACAGGGAUCCUCUACCAAGCCUCACUCUCAUUGGUUCAUCAAAUUUUGGUUAUCGUUCUGUUUAUCGAGAUAUGGAAUGCCAGUUGGCCUUAGUUACGAAAAAUGAAUCCCUGAGACAGCAACUUCGAGAGGAACACGUGCAUCUUUUUGAAAGUUCUGACAAAGUCACAGAGUGCACGUUCAAGAGAAAAGACAGAUUUGUGCCACUCUGGGUACGAAUGAUCACCAAUUAUAUAAAGAAUUUUUUCUAA